UUUCCUUCCUUUCUCUUUCUUACAAGUUUUACUUUUUCCUCUUAGAACCCAGAAAAUCUGUCUGGGUUUCACUGCUGUUGAAGUAAAAUCCUGAAUCCUCCAGAGCCCCUUUAUGGGUUCUUCUCCAUUAUCCUCAAAAUUGCAUAAAAUCUUGUUUUCUCCAGGUUCUCAGCCAUGAAAUUGAAGACUCAUUACUCCGAGCACAACAAAAUUUAUUCGAAAGGCAAUGUAGAAGAGAAAGUAUAUUUUUUUGCAGUUUCAUAUGAUGGUGGCUGCAUUUUCUCAUCCACCUACUCGUUCACGGUCCCCUGUUGAAGAACCAAAUUCCCAUCAAGAAGAAACCUCAACCUCAACAACAAAAAGGCAACCUCUAAAAGAUAAUGCCUCUACUGUUACGAGAAAACCCAGAGGUAGACAAGUUUCUUCGAGGUAUAUGUCUCCUUCUCCUUCUCCUUCCACUUCCACUUCCACUUCAUCCUCUUCUUCAGCAGCAACCACAAUGUCAGCCAAAACGACGGCAUUUGCUUCACCUCUUAUAUCUCGUUCCACUAAUACGAAGGCAGCAUGGAACAAAACGACUGCGAGAUACCCUUCUCCGCUUAUUUCUCGUUCAACAAAUGCUACCUCUACUUCAACACCGACUUCAACUAUGUUGUCUUCGGUUCCUAAACGGUCUCAAUCUGUAGACCAGAGGCGGCCCGGAGGUCAAGUGUUACAUGGAAACAAUGCUAAUGCCACGGAAUUGUCAGCUGCUUCCAAGAUGUUGAUUACUUCAACAAGAAGUUUGUCGGUUUCAUUUCAAGGUGAAGCCUUUUCACUUCCGAUUAGCAAGACAAAGGCUCAAGUAGGUCCUUGUUUGACUAGGAAAGUAACGCCUGAAAGGCGUAGAGCCACUCCAGUGAGAGAUCAUGGGUAUAACUCAAAGCCAAUAGAUCAACUCCGCUGGCCUGGGAGAACUCGGCAAGGGAAUCCGGUUUUGGGUUCAAAUCCGUUGUCUACAAGCUUGGAUUCUAGUUGUGAAAGGAGGAUGGCUGGAUCUGGUGCAAUGCUGGCUAAGUCAUUGCAACAAUCAAUUAUGCUUGACGACAGUAGUAGGAGAGCUUCUUUUGAAGGGGCUAGUAGGUUGAGUUUGGAUUUGGGAAGUGCUGAGUUCGUAAAAGACCCUAAUAAACAAAACCCAGAUGCCAAUUCUAUAAACGUGGCUUCUUGUGUCUCUUAUGAUUUUAUUGCUUCUGAUACUGAUAGCUUGUCUUCUGGGAGCACCAAUUCUGGUAAGCAAGACUAUGGAGGAAGUGGGAUUUCUAAAGGGAGGAUUGUACCCCGUAAUAUUGCUGUGUCUGCAAAGUUUUGGCAGGAAACUAGUAGCUGGUUGAGCCGAUUACAGGAUCCAAGUUUACCUUUAUAUACAAGCCCUGGUUCUAGAAUUGGUGCUUCAGCUAAGUUCAGUCAGUCAAAAAGGUUUUCUAGUGAUGGUGCAGUGUCGUCUCCGCGCACAAUGGCUUCUCCUAUCAGGGGAGGUACAAGACCUGCUUCUCCUAGUAAGCUUUGUACAUCUUCAGCUUCAUCUCCAUUGAGGGGGUUAAGUCCUGCUCGUGUCAGAAAUGCGGUUGGCAGUCAGAUUAUUGGUAAUUCCAUUAAUUCCCCUUCAAAUCUUAGCUUUUCUGCUGAUAUUCGGAGAGGAAAGAUGGGAAAUGAUCGGAUUGUUGAUGCACACAUGUUGAGGCUUCUUUAUAACCGCUACUCGCAAUGGAGAUUUGCGAAUGCAAGGGAAGAUGCUACUUUCAUGGUGCAGAAACUGAGUGCAAAGAAAUAUCUGUGGAAUGCAUGGGUAAAAACCUCAGAACUGCGGCGUUCUGUCACCCUUAGGAGAAUCAAGCUGCUUUUGCUGAGGCAAAAAUUGAAAUUGACUUCCAUCCUGAAGGGACAAAUAGCUUAUUUAGAAGCAUGGGCCCUCCUUGAUAGAGAACACUCUAGUGCUUUGCUAGGAGCGACUGAAGCUUUAAAGGCCAGUGUUCUCCGUCUUCCGGUUGUUGGAAAAGCGAUAGCAGAUAUCCAAAAUCUGAAGGAUGCUGUCAGCUCUGCGGUUGAUGUGAUGCAAGCAAUGGCAUCCUCAAUAUUCUUACUAUCAUCAAAGGUGGAGGAAUUGAAUUCCCUAGCGGAUGAACUUGUGACUGUGACUGCAAAGGAAAGGGUUUUGCUUGAACAAUGUAAAGAUUUUUUGUCCGCGUUAGCAGCCAUUCAGGCUAAGGACUGUAGCUUGAGGACACACAUAAUACAGCUAAAUUGUGUAUCGGCUCCUGGCAGCCUGACGACACGUGUAGAACUGAUCCUACUUGACUACCCACCAUAAACAUUAGCAGUACCCCAAGCUCGUGUUUUUCCGAUUGGGGUGGAGGCGGCACCGAACAGAACAAGAGUGGAUUGAAUAUAUUUAGGCCUGGCUUCUUGUUUUAACAGUUCUGUAACCACUUCUUGUCUUCUAUCUAUGAUUUGCAUCUGAAAGAUCAGGUGAAGUUAUCUUAACCUCUCAACUGUUAUCUGUAUACUAGGAACUCUUUCACUGUUUUUUC